AUGGCAUUCCUGUCGUGGCUAAUGGCCAAAUGCUAUGGCAUCACAAUACUGUUUCUGCUGGCUAUCACAUUGCAUCGAGCUAGCGUGGAUGUUUGGCGCUAUAGCAAGGCCAGGCCACACAGCCUCGUGAGGGGCAAUUGUAUGCCGCGUCUCUACAUCAUGAGUCCACUACCCAAUCUUACUCAUGACAGUUAUAACAUCGCGUUCAUCUGCCCAACGGGCAUCGAGCUCGCCGCCGUCGAGGGAAUGCUGGAUGAACUGCACCCAGCCCUCCCUUCCACCAUUGACAAGAACAGCUAUACUUAUGGCCGCAUGGGAGUACACUAUGUAGUAGUGGCAGUAUUGCCCGAAACAGGCAACGACCGGGCCGCAUCUGUCGCGACACAACUUAACAACGACUUCAGAUCUCUCCGAUUCGGUUUACUGAUCGGGACUGGUGGGGGCAUACCAGACCUUGCAAAAGGUCGAGAUAUUCGGCUUGGGGAUGUGGUGGUCAGCAAGCCGACUGAAAUAUUUGGAGGCGUAGUACAACUUGAUCGCGGGAAAUCUCAUGCUCAUGGUCGAUUCGAGCGAACGGGGAUACAGCAGAAGCCACCGGAUAUUCUCCUGUCUACGGCGCAAAGGUUAGACGCUCUUCAUGCGCGCCUUGAUACUCAUAUUCCCUUCUUUAUGGAGGAAAUGCUCGAGAGAUAUCCAAAGAUGAAGAACCGGAAUUAUGUUCAUCAGGGAGACGAAAAAGACCAACUGUUCCGGACGGAGUAUGAGCACGCAGGUGGAUCAGACUGUGGGCACUGCCACCCGAUCCAGGCCAUUGAACGUGUGCCACGAGAGGAUUCGACGCCAGCCAUUCACUAUGGAACUAUCGGGUCUUCCAAGACCCUUCUCAGAGACAGUGUGAGAAGGGAGAUUCUGAAAGCCGACUUCGAUAUUCUGUGUGUUGAGACGGAAGCAGCGACGUUGAUGAACGAGAUCCCUUGUCUGGUAGUCUGUGGCAUCAGUGACUAUGCAGAUUCACAUAGUAACACGACAUGGCAGCCAUACGCUGCUGCUACGGCUGCUGCAUAUGCCAAGGAGUUGCUUUCGCUGAUUCCUCCUCUGAGCAAGCCUUCAAAAGACAACAUCGAAGUGGCUCCGUUUGCAUCGAAACAGCAAGCUCCCACUAUUCCAACACCUAGAAUUAAAUACUUGAUUCAUGAUCCGGUCGCUGGUGAUUUAGUAGCUGGAAGGAACUUGUUCAGCAGUGGAAUCUAUCCUGAUGGCAAGAUGGAAAGGUGCAUAUAUGAUUAG